CACCUAUUUACUUUGUUAUAUCUGCGCUUGUAAGUGAUCGUUUCCAUUAGGUAUCUGUUUUUUGGUAACUAUGCGACGCUUAUGACUGUGACAUAAAGACAUAAAAUUACUCAAAAACCAUUCACUUCAUUUAAUUUAUCUUCAAUAUUUUUACACAGCUGUUAACUAUUACACAGUUUUAUACCUACCAAAGCCACCAGUUCAUAUUCAUUUUGAAGAAAUUCGAAAUCUUUCUACGUCUCAUUUGUUUUGUCAGAUUCCGAAACAUAAUUUAUGGGUGAAGAGGAAGCGGCGACUCUUGAGGGUCAGUUCUACGAAUUCUCGAAACUGUUAGACAAUAAAAGAGAUGGUACCACAAUUACUCUAUACAGAUUCGAUUACUGGUUGAGACAGACGAAAAUACUAGACGAUCGAAAAGUUACUAUGACUGAUACUGGAAUAGCAUUUAAUAAGUUCAACAAAACAGAGUUGAACUGGGAUGAAUUUUUGGAAUUCCUCGAAGAUUUGUGUGAACUGAAAGAUAUGGACCUUGAAAAAACCAAGGAAACUCUCACUAACUGCGGACUUCCGGGACAAUUACCAGUCGCUGUUCCUCAAUUUAGAGACUACUUUUUAACAUAUAAACCAAAAGAAAAAUCGGCUUAUUAAAAUAGUUAACCAUUCCUUGGCUUAGACAAAACAAGAGUUUUAGAUUUAUAGAUAUA